UGUGUGGAGCUAAUGCUAGCAAUAGGUGCCAGGCCGAUACACGUUGGGAACGCUGUAGACUUGCACAGUACAGCCUUGGAGCAAGGCUAGGAACAUUGGAUCACAGACACUGGCUUCAUUUGAACAGGACCACACAGUGACACUUUCUCUCCCUGGCAGCACCGGCUCCCGACACCAUUCCGUUAGAUCGUCCUUGUACUACAGAUCCAUGGCAAAUGAGAAGACGGAGAUGGUUGAGCGAUCUAAUCCACGAACAAAAGAUGGCAAGGAGUUGCUCGCCACCAGCUCAUACGUGACCAAGAAGACAGCAGCGCAGGGGAUGCUGGACAUCGCUCUGCUAAUGGCGAACGCGUCACAGCUCAACUCCUUGUUUCGGGUGCCGUCGGAUCAGCUGACUGGCACGCACUACACGACCAUCGUCUUCAUAUUCCUGUCCAUCUUUCUCCAGGUGGUGGCGGGGACGCUCAUCAUCAUCAUGGGGUUCAAGCGCAUGCGCACUGAGAAAGAGCGCAGUACAGCGGAAGUGCUUAAUAAUACUGUGGUAGUCCUGAUCUUUUUGAUAACAAUCCUCAACAUAUUCGUCAAUGCAUUUGAUAUUAACCUGAAACAGUCGGCUUGAAAGUGCCGACAAUGAGGCUGGCGUGAAAGGACGAACACUUUAUUAUUAUGUAAUGCUCAUGCGCAGACUUGUGAUGCUACUUCCGCCUGUCCAUCUAGAUCAGUUACCAUAGACACAUGUACAUGUACUAGUAUAUGGUCUCUAUCUGAAUAUAUGCUACUCAAACUCUGAUAGGGAUACUGAUCUGUUAUAUUAUACAUAUACCUGUCUAUUACGAGAUCAAUCAAGCCUAUUUGUUGGGGUUCGUUAUGAGACGACCAAUAACUCGAAAAACGUCGACAAGCAUUCCUUUUUCAUCUUCCCGAGGCAAGGGAGUUAACUUUCUAUAAAGGUUCAUCCUUGCCGAACUAGGCUGGAAUUUCGCGGUCCGAUCGUAGCGCCAUCAGUGGCUUUUUAAAACGAGGUAUGUCCCUUCUAUGGCCUUCCUAUUGACCCAUCAGAUUCCACCUAUCAUAUUACAUGCAUUUGCAUGGUGGCACCCACUCAAGACGAUCUGAUCGAUAAUAAAAAACUGUAUUGUGAUAAAAAGAGCCUUACCUUGUGAAGUGCAUCAAAUGACUUGAACACCCUAAGUACCUUAAAAGCAUGAACAGAUUUGGAAAAUAUCUGUUGACGCCGAGUUUGCGGUACAAUAUGCCAUCCUGCAUUCCACCGAAAUCUGCAUGGCAGAACCGGAUUUCGAUUUUGUUACGCGAGUUUGAUUGAACUGUGCAUGGACUCGUCAAGCCAAAACCAAACCAAAUUACAGCCUAGUUCGGCAACGGUAGAAACUGGACUUUUAUAGUCAGUUAACUCCCUUGCCCCGUGAAGUUGUUCAUUUCCAAGUGUUUGGUCGUCCCAGAAAGGAGUGCGUUUGGUUUCACACCGCUUUGAACAGUAUUGCAGUUCAUAUCACGGCAUUGAUGUGGGAGGUAAGUGAAACAGGCCUUAGACGUUCGUUUCCUUGCGUUCGAACCAACUAUCACAGGUUCCUGGUACGCCUAUGGGACGCAACUCUGCACAGCGAAUUGCGGCCACAUUAGACGACUGGGCCACCCAUGCCCUAAACAGUUUAGUGCGCGGACGCCGUGUUUAUUUCAGACAUUUGGUCCCCUGGGGUUAAAAAUCGACAAAUAACGCACAAAUUUCUGUCCUUUUGGAUACAUCUUAGUAUUUCAUUGGCCGACAUACUCGUUCUCAUGGACAAUCUCGAGUCCUACUACUUUCCUUAAACAUAUUCUAAGGAUACAGUCGGAAUUGUACAAUGGACUCUGCUUUUAACAGAUUUUUUUUUAUGAUUAUGGAAAAGGGUUCAAUAAUACGAAAUAUAAUUCACGGUGUUUGAAUCGACCAGAUGGUCUGACAUAUCUGAGUUAUUUAUUGCAUGUAUGGUUAUUUAUACAAAUGCACUCAUGUUUUAUUUAUUUAAUUCUCCUUUCUUAUACUCAACAUACGAUCCUAAGGUUGUGCUGCAUAUUGGGAACAGUACCUUCGUCUCUCGUGUUAAUGUGACUUUUCUGCUGCUCGCGGUGUAAACGCGGACCAAUCGUACAGUAAAUGUUUUGUGGUCUUCACGUUGUGAAUUCCAUAAUCAUAUACAUAUAUUGUUUGUCAUCUUUAAGUUACUAUUCUUUAAUCUUUGUGCAACCGGUUUCCUGUACGCGGUAGACCAAUCUGAUUCAUCGGUGGGUUCUUGGGCAGGAUAGCUCCCCAAUACAUCAUACAUGUAAAGUGCUCUCCCGCUUGGAUUCAACAUAGCUCCCCAAUAAAAAAGCUCGUUUAUAAUGCGCCAGAUUCCAUUCACAAGUGGAUGCUCAUAGCGCUACAGUGUCAAUAAAACUGGUGCAUGAGACAAAAAACGCAAUUCAUGUUAGGCCGUAGUAUUUCCGGAGCAGAUAUAUUUUCAUUCCACUCUGGAAAGAUGGAAGGGUGGUGAUAGUUUCAGUUAACGUGGCAGUUGGUUUCAUGGUGUUUGGGUCUGUUUUUUUGUUUGUUGUUUCACGCAGCACUCAGCAAUAUUCCAGCUAUAUGACGGCGGUCUGUAAUUAAUCGAGUCUGGACCAGACAAUCCAGUGAUUGUCAUCAUGAGCAUCGA